AUGGAAGAAGAAGACACCCGAGACAUCGUCAUCGUCGGCGCCGGAAUCUCAGGCCUUUCCACCGCCGUUGGACUCCACAGGCUAGGGAUUAGUAGCAUGGUGCUGGAGUCUUCUGAUAUGCUGAGAGCCACAGGCUUCGCAUUCACGACUUGGUUCAAUGCUUGGAAGGCCAUGGAAGCUCUCGGCAUUUCUGAGCAUAUUCGCAGUCUCCAUGAUCGCCUUCAAGGAUGGGUGGUGGGACCCAUCUCUGCAGGAAAUCCUUCUAGAGAGAUGCUCUUUCCCGAAUCCGAAGAAUAUGAGUCUCGAUGCGUACAGAGGAAGUUGUUGCUAGAGGCUCUCGCUGAUGAAUUGCCUCAAGGGACCAUAAGGUUUUCGUCUAAGGUUGUUCAUAUCGAAUUGUCUGGACACUACAAGAUGGUUCAUCUCUCCGACGGAACUAUACUCAAAACCAAGGUUUUGGUAGGGUGUGAUGGUGUGAACUCAGUGGUUGGUAAGUGGCUAGGCUUCAAGAAUCCGGCUACAACUGCCCGGUUAGCAAUCCGAGGGCUCACACAUUUUCCAGCCGGCCACGGAUUUGGGAGUAAGUUCUUCCAGUUUUAUGGCAACGGUGUUCGUUCGGGUUUUAUCCCCUGUGACCACAACACUGUCUACUGGUUCCUAACACACACCUCUGCUGAGUUAGAUGAGGAUACAAAUCCAGAAAACAUCAAAGAGUUUGUGCUGAAAAAGAUCAAGGACUUGCCUGAAAACAUUAAGAGUGUCGUAGAGACCACCGAUCUUGAUAGCGUUGUGAUGUCUCGACUAAAGUACCGACCUCCAUGGGAACUUCUAUGGGCAAACAUCGCAAAGUACAACGUAUGCGUUGCAGGGGAUGCACUUCACCCGAUGACUCCUGAUAUUGGACAAGGCGGUUGUUCAGCCAUGGAGGAUGGAGUUAUCCUCGCUCGUUGUCUCGGUGAAGCUAUAAAGGCUAAGAAUGUGAAAGGUGAAACAGAAGACGAUGAAGACGAGAGUUAUAAGAGGAUUGAAGAAGGUUUGAAGAAGUAUGCAGGAGAAAGGAAAUGGAGAAGCAUUGAUCUUAUAACUACGGCAUAUACAGUAGGUUUCAUACAGCAGAGCACGGGGAAGUGGAUGAGCCUGUUCAGAGACAAGUUCUUGUCGUCUUUCCUUUCUCGGUUGCUGCUGAAAAAGUCCCAUUUCGAUUGCGGAAGCCUUGUCCCAUAA